CGUGAGGCCCUGGAGAGAGUCGCAGCUGCCAUCAAGUCCCGCCAGGCACAUCGGGUCGUGCGGUCCCUCCCCAUCAACUGUGCCAUCUUAGAACAGGGCCCCAGGUGGAUCCCAGGCAAGUUUAUAAAACCAUACCGGGAAGACAUCGUGAAGGAAAGCCACCCCCCGGACCACUCCCCCGAGACGACAGCUCCAGCGGAUACCACCGUUGCCUGGAGUUGGAGGAAAAGGAAGGGAAGCAGACCCAUUGACGCCGCCACAAGGACUUUGAUAACUAAUCGAUACUUCCCACCGGCUUGGACAGUUUACCCCCUGACCCCAACCCCAACCAUUCCUUACCCUUUCCCGUCCUACCACUUUCCUCGCCCCCCUUACCCUCACACCUGACCCCACGUUUUUUCUGUUUCAAUGUUAAUUUAAACGGGGGAGGAUGGGGAUUUGAAGGGACCUUGGUCUUAUUCUCUUUUUGUAUGUUCGAGUUAUUAGAUUACCGACCACCCAGAUGGCAAUUACAUCAGCCAGAACACCCCGCAGCGACCGGCUUCCUGCAGCUGCCUUCGUCACCAUCUUAUGGCUCCACCUGGCAGGAAGCUGGCUCGUGCCACAGCCCAAGGAAAACGUCUGGGUCAUGCUGGCAAAGUCUAUAGGACAAGAACAGCUUUGCAUGGCCAUGGGCAGUGUAGACAAUCCGUUGUCUACAUGCCUGGUGGGAGUCCCCCUGUCCGAAAAUGAUUUUCCGUUCACGGGGAUGAAACUCAACCCGGCAGACUCCUGGAUGAGUUGGAUGAGGACACUACCACAGGCACCACAGGAACCCCAGGAAUUGGACCUACUGGGGUCCACAAGGGUCCACUUUUGUAUUCGGUUUUAUACUAAGGCCCCACAAACAAAACCGGGGCAAAACAUCAAAGACGUAACACCAGCAAAUAGAAAAUACAUCAAUGAGUGGUGCAAUUACACAGGCCCUGUGUUAUCUAAGUCCUACCCAUUCCCUAAGGAGCUCCCUCGGGGUGUGUUUCUCAUCUGUGGGGACAGGGCGUGGGCUGGGAUCCCCUCCAAUAUCAAAGGGGGUCCCUGUAGCCUUGGCAAGCUUACGAUGCUAACACCCAAUAAAACCCAAAUUCUGGAUUGGAAGAAGAAAAGUCAAUUGGCACGCAAAAAGCGAUCAUAUGGUGAAUUUGACCCAAAUUGCGAUUCCGAAAUUUAUGAUUGGAGUGAGGGAAAGAGGGUCGCCGCUUCUAUUUUUCUACCAUGGUACGCGGCAGCGAAAGCCCUCGGUGAGAUUUCUCACCUGGGGUGUUGGAUGAGUAAGCAGGCCAACGCUACGUCUGCCGCAUUAUCAGACCUCUUGGCAGAAGAAGAGACCACCAGGCACACCACCUUACAGAACAGAGCGGCCAUUGAUUUUCUGCUGCUCGCCCAUGGCCAUAGCUGCGAGGACUUGGAAGGGAUGUGCUGCUUCAAUCUGACAUCGAAGAGCACAUCCAUCCAAGCCAACAUCCAGCGGAUCCAGGCGUUAGUCAAAGACUUAAAGACUGAAACAGGGCUGUGGAUGCGGUGAACAAGACCUUCUCCCAGUGGGGUGUU